GCUACUUCCGCCAGGAGUCCCUAGCGGCUGGGACUUGGAAACUGAUCCGUAACAGCUUCCGCCUUCUCCUCGGCCGGCUCACCCAGGCCAGCACCCAGCUUGGGCAGCAGCGGCUGCUGGGCCUGUCGCGGGGACGUUCUCUCCGGCCUCGCCCUUGGUCCGCGGAGCCGGUGACCGUGGCCGCAGGCCUCGCCGAGCCCACCUUGACCUGGGGCGGGGCCCGGCCUUCCCGCCCCGGACCCCGCCCCUCCUGCCAGCCCUGCACCGGGUUCCUCUCUCCAGCCCUGCGGUGUAGUAACCGCCUUCCGCCUCCGGGACGUGGCAGUCCCCUGGCUCCGGCCGCUGGGGACCAUGGAGUUUGCGGAGCUGAUUAAGACCCCACGGGUGGACAAUGUGGUGCUCCACCGGCCAUUCUAUCCAGCCGUUGAGGGGACCUUGUGCUUAACCGGCCACCACCUGAUCCUGUCCUCCCGGCAGGACAACACGGAGGAGUUGUGGCUCCUUCAUUCAAACAUCGAUGCCAUCGACAAGCGAUUUGUGGGGCCACUGGGUACCAUCAUCAUAAAGUGUAAAGAUUUUCGAAUAAUUCAGUUGGAUAUCCCUGGAAUGGAGGAAUGUUUGAAUAUAGCCAGUUCCAUUGAGGCAUUAUCUACCCUGGACUCCAUCACACUGAUGUACCCUUUUUUUUACCGGCCCAUGUUUGAAGUGAUAGAAGAUGGCUGGCAUUCUUUCCUUCCUGAGCAAGAGUUUGAGCUCUAUUCUUCAGCUACCAGUGACUGGAGGUUAAGCUAUGUUAAUAAGGAAUUUGCGGUAUGCCCCUCUUACCCACCAAUUGUCAUAGUGCCGAAAUCCAUUGAUGAUGAAGCUCUUCGGAAGGUGGCUACAUUUCGACAUGGAGGACGCUUCCCGGUACUCAGCUAUUAUCAUAAAAAAAAUGAAAUGGUAAUUAUGCGAAGUGGUCAGCCACUGACUGGCACAAAUGGGAGACGGUGCAAAGAAGAUGAGAAGCUGAUAAAUGCUACCCUCAGAGCAGGAAAGCGUGGCUACAUCAUUGAUACUCGAUCCCUAAAUGUAGCUCAGCAAGCUAGAGCCAAAGGAGGCGGCUUUGAGCAAGAAGCUCAUUAUCCCCAGUGGAGGCGGAUUCAUAAGUCUAUUGAGAGGUAUCACAUUCUUCAGGAGAGCUUAGUCAAACUUGUGGAAGCUUGUAAUGACCAAACUCAUAACAUGGACCGAUGGCUCAGUAAAUUGGAGUCUUCCAACUGGCUGACACACAUCAAAGAGAUUCUGACAACUGCCUGUCUAGUGGCUCAAUGUAUCGACAGGGAAGGAGCAUCCAUAUUGAUUCAUGGGACAGAAGGAACUGAUUCCACACUUCAGGUGACCUCUCUGGCCCAGAUCAUCUUGGACCCAAGAAGCAGGACCAUCCGUGGUUUUGAGGCCUUGAUAGAAAGAGAGUGGCUGCAGGCUGGCCACCCGUUCCAACAGCGCUGUGCACAGUCAGCAUAUUGUAAUAGUAAGCAGAAGUGGGAGUCACCUGUAUUUCUUCUCUUCUUGGAUUGUGUGUGGCAGAUACUUCGUCAGUUCCCUUGUUCUUUUGAAUUCAAUGAGAAUUUCCUCAUCAUGCUCUUUGAGCAUGCUUAUGCCUCGCAAUUUGGAACAUUUCUGGGCAACAAUGAAAGUGAAAGAUGUAAGUUGAAACUACAGCAGAAAACGAUGUCUCUGUGGUCUUGGGUCAAUCAGCCCAGUGAACUGAGUAAAUUCACCAAUCCUCUUUUUGAGGCCAACAACCUUGUCAUCUGGCCUUCGGUGGCUCCACAGAGUCUUCAGCUCUGGGAGGGUAUUUUCCUGCGAUGGAACAGAUCCUCCAAGUAUUUGGAUGAAGCAUAUGAAGAAAUGGUUAACAUCAUUGAAUAUAAUAAGGAAUUACAAGCAAAAGUAAAUCUCCUUAGGAGGCAGUUGGCAGAACUGGAGACUAAGGAUGGGAUGCAGGAGAAUCCCUGAAAGAUAUACCCACACCUCUGUAAGAAACUUCCCACACCAGUGUCCCACCUCUCCUUUUGAUCUUCAGCUCACUUUUACAUAGUAGCCUUGAACUUAGGCUUUAGAUGUGGGAACCCUCUAAUCUAAUGGAUUUCUCAAUACUUUAUGAAUGCAGUUUACUAUAAUUACACAUGUUUUAUGUAGCCUCUUAAGCCUCUUUACUUUGAGAGCAGGAAGGAGGUGCUAGUUAUUUUAUGUGAACCAGGUGACCUAUGUAAUAUCAUUAGUGUUAUGCACUAUUUCAUCAUAAGCUUUCUGUGUCCACUUUCCAAACAAUGCUUCAGAUUAGUCAAGGUUAUGACUAAUCUCUUUAGGGGAUAUGUUAGUUUAAAAAAAAAAAGAAGAUCAAACAAACUCUUUGAAAAUAUAAAUAUUUUUCAAAACUGAAAUGGUAGAUAAACCAAGAAUGUUGUGUUUAACCUGCCAUUUCCAAUUCCUUUGCCAUUCUCUUUAAAAUAGUGUUGGACUAACAAAGAUGAAUUCAGUCUCACUCUGGUUUGUCAGGAGAGGAAAUUCUGGAUAUUUAUUCAAGGUAAAUUAUUUUUACAAGGGCAAUAGGUAUAGUCCUCUGCUAUCUACCUUAAGACAUAAAUUUAACAGUAGACAGUGAAAGUAUGUGCAAUAUAGAAAUAAAGUAGGAAUUUGUUACUGAUAUGGUAUUGUUACUGUUGAAUUGGUUUUUCAGGUUUUUCAGGUUUUUAUCAUAUGUAUUAAAUAUGUAUCAGAUGCUGGAUGUAACAUUCAACCAUCAUUUUAUAAUAGAUGUUAAUUUGCUAUAAUUAAGCUACAAAUAUGGUUUCUUUAAACCAGGGUUACACUGCCCUUGUCUGACAUUCUCAUUGCACUGGUUUAUGUAUAUAUGUGUAUGUUUUAUUUUGUUCUGUUUUAUUUUUAAGAUUCUAAGUGUUUACGAAUACUAAAAUUACAACUUUCAUGGUGGUUUGAGCCUUUUGAAAAUGUAUCUGGGCUCUGCUGAUUUGUCCAUUAUGUGUUAGGCAAAUGUAAUUUAAGUGGAGGUGAAAGUUUAUGAACAUGAUGCAGCUAUGUUUUAAACUUCAGAUUGAAACGUUUCAAUGUUAUAGGAAAAGUGAUGACUAUUUAUCCUGUGCUAGUUCAUGCUUGAAACUCUAAAAGUUUGCAAUUCAGUGCAUUUCUGUUUUGUGGAAUUACUCAUUUUAACAAAUACUGUCAAUUCCAAUUAUUCUUUAAAAAGAUUGUUGAAAAAUAUCAUUAAUAUUAUUUCUACCCCAUCUAUAAUAACCAUUUUAGUGUAAAACAUACCAAACCUGAACCCUGCUCCAGAGCUAUGUAUGAGCUAAAAAUACAGUUUUUAAAAAUUGACUCUAUCAAAAUCUCUGGCCAGAACCAGAAGCUUUAGAAAGCGGCAAAUUCUUUGUAUCUCCAGUUGCCCAAGUUUUGUAUUUUUUCUGUCUCCUCAGGCUUGCAGCAAAAGGCUGGACAACAAUUCAUAGUCAGAACUCUCUUUUGGUAAAUGUGCCUGCCUUCUCCUAUCAGCUCUGUUUUGUUCUCAACUUAUUUUCUUGGCUAUAGUUGUGAAUCUUGGGCAUUAAAGCCCUCACCAAAAAGCUAAGGCAAGGAACAAAAGAAGUGUGCUAUCCUGUUACAUAUACCUCUGUGUUGUGUGAAAUGUCUAUAUUUUUUAAAAGAGGAAAACACCGUAGCUUUUUUAUGGUCCCUCAAAAUUGCUUGCUGCUUUAUUCAGGGAGCUGACUUUUUUGUUUUCUCCUAAUUUUGUCUCAAGACUAAAUAAGAAGAAGGUGCCCCUUUCUUCUCAGUUAUUGGGAAACCUCAACAUUUUUUUUUUAGUAAUUUUUUAAAAGUGGCCCCCCACUAGUGAUAUUGAUUGACCAUGGGGCUUCUAUGGGUUUUAACUUUUAGAUGAAGUUUUUGUUAGGUUUGGUCAUGGAGAAAUUAUAUGCCAUUAAUGUAUACCCACCUUCCUGAUGCACAUUUUAUGUGUGAGCAAGAGUACAAUAACAUUUCUUUUUCUUUUAUUGAAAUAGCACUCUUAAGCUGUUUGGAAAAGUUUGCAUUUUAGUAUUAAUUUAUAAUUAGAGACCAGAGGCCCAGUGCACGGAUUAGUGCACAGGUGGGGUCCCUUGGCUGCACUAUGGGGAUCAGGCCAAAACUGGCUCUCCAACAUUCUCCAAAAGAUCCUAGAUUGCGAGAGGAUGGUUCUCAGGUGACACUCCCCAGAAUCGGGCUCUCUCUGGUUUCAGGUGAGUCACCCAAGAACUACAGCUGCCAAGUCACGGCAGCUCAGCAGCUCCUGUGUUGAGCAUCUGUCCCCUGGUGGUCAUUGUGGUCAUAGCUAUCGGUCAGACAGUCGAACAUUUGAAUGGUCACUUGGGCUUUUAAAUAUGUAAGUUGUCCAAAUCACAGUUCUGAUUAUAGCUUGUAAAAACAAACUUUGGUGUAAAAGAGUGCGCUUUCAAAGGAGUCAUCUAAUUAUGUGAAUAUUAAAGUUUUCCCAAACUCAAGAACUCUGUCAAAAACAAGUACAUUAAAAAUAUAGCAAAGAGCCUUGUUAGUAAUACUAUUAAGUUACCCAUCCGUUGGAUAAGAACAAUACCAUAUAAUGGAUAUACUCUUGGGAAGAUACUUGUUAAACAUUAAGUUUGGACAAUUGUCUUUGACAAAUGUGGUUUUAAAAUCUUUAAUGAAGAGAAUGAUGGCAGAAAUAGUGAGCAAGCAAAUUGGCCCAUACUAGUCAAUAAAAUUCAAAUGAGAUAUGAGAUAAGUGAAUUCUUAUAUAUUAGGCAUCUUCCGUAUUCAUUUGCUGGUUUACAUUUUGGGAUGCAAAAAGUACUCCCCACAAAGAUCUAAAAAAUACAAAGGAUUGCUAUCAUUCCUAUCAGCAUUCAAAGGUCUUUAUGUUUAAAUUAAUGAUUUUUUUUUAAAUCAGAAAAACAUGGUUGAUAAUAUAAAAAUGCUGAAACUUUCCUUGGUUAGAUUUUUUGGCAAUUAAUUGUUUGGUCAGAAUAUUUCAUUUUGAUUUUAUUUAAUGGUAAGAAAACAAGCAGAAAUUAAAAUCUUAAGAGGUUUAAACAACUUAUAAAUGUGUUUAAUUUCUAAGAAAAAUUUAAGCCUUUGAAGCAAGAUUUUAAAGUGAUUUUUAGGAAAAUUUUGGAAGACAGUAAACUGAUUUCAGAUCCCAUUGGGAAAUUUAAAAAAACUUUUCUUUGAACUCUGAAAGCUGAUUUAAGAGAUGAUGUGUCAUUGCUUUUCAUUUUCAAGGAUGUAAUUUGGUGAGAUAUAGCCUUUGAUUCAGUUAGUAUUUAUAUGAAAUUAAAAAUCUGCUUAAAGAUAUAAGUCUUAUAGUUAAUCUGGUUUCAGGAUUAGCUAUUUUAAUUGUCAGUAUUAGCUAGGUUAUCAGGUUCACUUAUUGUAAGAUCUUAACCUGAGACAAAAGUUUUGGUAAUUUAUCCAUAUCCAGAUUUAAUGAAUGAAAAGUGUAUGAGGGUGUUAUGAGCACUCUUUAUCAGAAAGUUAUUUCUUGGACCAAAAUGAACAGUUUUUUAAUAGUGUAUCCUCUGUUCUGGCAGCUAUGAGAUUUACAAGAAUGAAAUUGUUCAGUACAUCUGAUCCGGGUUUAUGUUAUACCUCAACGCAAUAUAAAUGAGUUCUUUAUUAUUCCUUAGCAUGUCAGGUCUUCCCUCCCUCCCAGAGCUGAUAUCCUAAGUUAUUACCAAAUAGUGUUUUUAUGUUAAUUCACCAUCGUAACAAAAAAAAUUAAAAGACUGAUUUCACCAUUAUUAUUUACUCUCAGAUGAUAUAAAAUGCUAAUUUUCUGACAAUAUCAGUUUUCUAAAUUUUGUUUUACUGAAUAAAACUGCUUUUACCUUCUCUUGGUCUUUAUACUAGUGUCCAUAGCAUCUUCUUCCUUUAAGCCAACAGCCCAGAAGAGACCCUCUGAGACUCUAUGAUCUGGACUUCUUAUCUAAAUUCCCUCUACAAAACCCAAGGUCUUAUUUUUAAAUGACACUGUGGAACUCUAGCUUGUGCUUAACUCAGUGAAACAUUGUGGGGCUCACUUAGACACUACUUUGUCCUGAAAAAUAAUUCCUGAUGAGAGCUUACUAUCUUUAGUCAUCCUGGUUGAUCAUCUGUGAGUAUACAGAUUAACUACAUUUAUGGUUUGUAAUAAAAACAAGUUGUACAGCACCGCCUGUGUCUGUCUCUCUGCCCAAAACAUGUUUCACUUUUACAAUGGACAUAUCUUCGGAGAGGUGGAUGAUUCUUCACAAACUCAACGUUCUAUUGUUUAGAAUCCUUAUAGCUCUGUCACCACCUACACUAAAAAUGUUGUAUUUGCACAACUUAGUGAUUAAAAAAGAAUAUGUAUUUCUUCAAUAGCGGGUACUUGAAUGUACUGUUGAUAUAUUUGAAUGUAACUCUUGGAAUUAACUGCACUAUAUUCAUGUCUCAUACAAUAGAAUUGCACUGUAUGGCAAAUGUAUCUAUAACGUAUGCUUUGCUAAACCUCAGAAUGCUGUAAUGUACAGGUUUCUGUAUUAUGAACCUGUCUGUAUAGUCAUUGGGAAAAAUACUGAACUUUCAUAAGUCUGUGUAACACUUUAAUAUUAUUUAUAAUGUUCCCUAAGUGAUAAGUUCGCUAUGUCCUACAACUGGAAUCAUUUAUCUUGAGUUGGCUGGUUUGUCAAGCGGGUUUACUGAACCCAGAAACAGUCUUGUCAAACAUGGUACUGUUAUCUUAGUGUGUAAGAUCUGUGUGUGGUGGUCUGCCCCAGAGGACUGUUGCACAGAUGCUACUGUUUAAAUUUCUGUAGACUUGGGAAUAAAAUUUGAAUACAAUCAAAAACUGGUAAAUUAA